AUGGAAAUCCUGACUCGGAUAUUGGACAGAUCUGCUACGGAGGGACGGUUAUCCCUUCACUACCGCUGUAUCAACCCAAUGAUCACUCAUCUAUCCUUCGCCGAUGAUGUCAUGAUAUUCACCCAAGGGGACCUAUCAUCGUUAUCUGAAGUUCGGAGAAUUCUAACUGAGUUUGGGGUAAUCUCGGGACUACGGAUCAACCCGGAUAAAUCAGAGUUGUUCUUGGCGAGAUUAUCUGAUGGCGAGAAGAGAUCUAUCUCGGCGGACCUCGGUAUUGGGUUGGAACUCCUCCCCGUGCGCUAUCUGGGCGUUCCACUAAGUCCAUCGCGCCUAACGAAAGCUCCGCUCUUGCAAAGGAUUAGGGCCAAGCUCGAUGGCUGGACCACGAAAUUCCUUUCAGCCGUAGGAAAGAUCCAGCUAGUGACCUCGGUGAUUUUCGAGCGGGCCAGGGAGUUCACGAGGAUCCAGCUUGGAGACGGAGGAGACACAUCUUUCUGGUAUGACAGUUGGUUGGAGAUUGGGCCUCAAAUUGAGUUCAUCGGGAUUGCCGGACCCCGCCUCCUGAGGCUGCCGAAGACGGCGAGAGUUAAAGACGCAGUCCACAAGGGUCGCUGGCUAAUUCGAGGAGCAAGGAACGAGCGGGUCCAACAACUUCAAACCAUACUCUCGAGCAUGGAUCCCCCACGCCCGGACAACGGCACUGACCAGCCGCUUUGGAGAAAGAACGACGACAACUAUCAUCCGACCUUUGUCUCAAGACUCACGUGGGACAGGAUCAGAACUCCGGCUGCUCCGGUUUCAUGGUUCGGCCUGGUAUGGUUCUCUACCAAAGACUACCGACUUCGGAUAGAGUUGCUUGUUGGGGUAUCCAAGGGCCGAGCCGAUGCAUACUAUGCCGUAAGGAAGUUGAAACCAUAUCUCACUUAUUCUUCUGUUGUGAAUAUAGUGCGGAUGUGUGGUUCUCCCUUGCAGAAAAUCUUGGCGGCUCUCCCCCUAAAGAGGUUGCGGAUGCUGGAGCGUGGAUUAACCAACAUCGAGUGGCAAUCCAACCGACGACAGAGCUAA